UCCCGGAUCUUUGUCGCGGCAAUCCACCUCGCCGGAGAAGAGUAGCCUGUGAUCCGAGAGACGCGUUUGCACCACCGUGCAGAAGGCUUCGUUGGUGUUGACCCUGCCGCUCGAAUCGGGGUAGCCGUCCAUCUUAUCUUAUGCAAUACUGCCACAAGGUGGCGCUCGUUGAAGAAACCUCCAGGUUCCUCUGGCCAUUUUCCUGGGCAGCACAGGCAGGCCAGCAUCAGGAAGACCACAGCAAAGAGGCCCGCGAAGGAGACCGCCACCACAGCUAGGGACGAAGGCCACGACAGCUCACUCAGCGGAGCUCCAUCUGUACAUAAGCAACCAGGAGCAACAUUUCAGCCAAAGCGAUGGACAGCACCAGGAGAUAUUUGCCUCUAAGAAAAGUCCCUUGGCCCUGGAGGAGGUCGGACGAGUCCAGCCCGCUCAUACCAAAGGGGAACGCAGGAUCCCAAGGAACCAGUGAGCUCCACCCAGAGGGCAUGAGCGGUGAACACGAGGCCAACUUGAAAGAGAUCUGGCCUUGCCGCGGCUUUGCUAUUAUCGACUACUUCCUCAAGUACCUCCUGGUUCUGAGCAACCUAACGUUCUCCGUCCUGGGCCUGCUUAUUCUUGCCUUGGGCCUGUGGGGCCUCAUCAGCAAAGAGUCCUUCGCCCAGGAGAAAAUCGGAAGUGUGGGUACUGACCCGAUGCUGCCGCUGGUGACGCUGGGCUUCCUGCUGGCGUUGCUCUGCCUAACGGGCUGCAUGGGUGCCUUGCGAGAAAACUCCUUCCUGCUAAAGCUGUUCUCCGGGCUUGUGCUGGCCGUCAUCACAGCGCAGGUUUUGGCCGUCAUCGUGGUGUACAGUGCGCAACGAGAGAUCACCAACGUCCUGCGGUCGGCCGCGCUGGCUGCCAUUGCUCGCUACCAGGACGACCCAGAUCUGAGGUUCAUCGUCGACGAGAUCCAGUCCAAUCUGCAGUGCUGUGGGGUGGAUACUUAUCGUGACUGGGAGGUUAACAUAUACUACAACUGCUCUGCUCCAGGAGUUCUGGCCUGUGGCGUUCCAGCAACGUGCUGUGUUGACCCGCUUGAAAACGGCACCGUGUGGAACUCUCAGUGCGGCCUGGACACCCAAGCACUGGACGAGUUCAGCGCUCAGAGCCUGAUCUUCCUGGGAGGGUGCCUGGGGAACAUCUUGUGGUGGUUGGAGCAGCACCGGGGCUUGAUCUGGACCGUGGUGCUGGUCCUGCUGGGAGUGCAGAUGUUGACUCUGUUCGCCACUGCACGACUUCAACAGAAGAUCCACCAGCAUAAAGUCUAUGCCAAGCCACGUGAAUUAGAAUUACUAAUGUGCUAAUAUUUCCAGGGGGAAAUUCUGCAAAAAAAAAAAUUUGCCUUGCAUUGUGUGCUCGCGUUUGAGUCUCUGAAGUGCCUGCUGCUCUCAUCCAUCAAGUGUGAAAUGACACAAGGGAGUCAUUUUUGGGUGACCUGCUGAUUGUAUUUUUGAAAAUAUGUCUGUAAACAAACUUUUCAGAUUGCAACCACCUUGUAGCUCCGCCCAUCAUUUGGAAGCUGACCAGGCAAAGAGCCACCGUUUUGUCCCGAGCGGGACAUUUAGUUAGCAUUUGGUGACAUGCAACAUGGUAGUACAGUGGAUUCGUAGUGAGCAUGUCUGCCUCGACUUCUGAAGUUUUUAGCGCGAAUGUCCCUGUAAUUUUUGUAUUAUGUUAUGGGUUCCAUAUGUUUCACAAAGUCAAAUAGUACUGUGACCAAGAAAAGCCGGUGCAUAUCAGACUGGAUCACAGUACAGUAAUCCCUCGUUUAUCGCCGAUAAUUGGUUCCAAAAACCACCCGCGAUAAGUGAAAUCCGCGACGUACGGUCACCCUCUCAUCUGUACUUUUUUACUUGUCCAUUUUUGUGUCAAAUGUAUAUGGAACCAUUUAAGUGCAUAUUUUAUUAUUAGAACAUUAAAUAAUUGUUUCAAACAUUUAUAGUAUAAAUAACAUACAGAAAAUUUUGUAUAAAUAUUGAAAACAUAAAUAUUAUACGUGUGUGCGUGUAACAUGUUAACAAGAAGUACUGGGCACAGUGGGCAGGCUAACGAGUUAGCGGAAAUAUGCUAAUUCGCGAUCGUGCUUACACACGAAAACGGACCUCUAAAGGAAUUUAAACGAACAUUUGGAGCAAUACUACUUUGUCCUAAAGCAGUGCUUCUCAAUUAUUUUCUGUUACGCCCCCCCCUAGCAAGAAGAAAACUAUUCGCGCCCCCCCCCCCCCCCUCCCCACCGUGACUAUCCUAACUUGUCUUGUAAGUCGUAAAAAGUUGCACUGUCGCAAACGUCACAGAAGUAACAAUGAGAGCGUCACUGCCCCCUGCUGGGAAAAUGCGCAAUUACACUUUAUUCUAGUACUGCCAAAAAAAAAGCCUGUUCCCCAGGGUCACACGCGCCCCCCCAGGUAUAGCACCGCGCCGCGCCCCACUAUUUGAGAAGCACUGUCCUAAAGGGUAGACACAUUUCUCUUGUUAGGAGACCCACUUACAUCGUCAAUGACUCCUGUACAUCUGUAACCGACAUAUGUUCACGAACGUAAAACAGGAAGUGGUAUUGCCUGAAAACGGCUUUCAAAAUAAAUCACCCUACCUCAUAUCAAAGCAUGGCUGAAUUAAAUAAAUAACGUGGAAAAUUCUUAACACAUACUGUAAUUAUGUUUUUAGAACAACUUUUAUUGUAUUUUUUUAUAACAAUGUACAAGUGUACAUACUGUAAAUAUGUUUUUAGAACUCUUUUAAUAUUCUAACAAUUUUUCUAUAACAAGGUACAACACUGUAAUAUAUCUAUUUAGAACUCUUAUUAUUACAACAUUUUUUUAUAAAAAGCUACAAGUCUACGCACUGCAAUUGUGUGGGCACUCCUUGCCUUCUGCUGGCGUGUGGGCAAGUUUUGUGCCAUAAUUCCUCAAUUUCUAAGUUUUAUUUUGACUUUUUUUUUUUUUAAUUUGGAAAAAAAAUCCGCGAUGUAGUGAAACCCCGAUAAACGAACCGCGAUGUAGCGAGGGAUUACUGUAUUUCAAACUACUUUGCUGUGGCUGUCGGCAUUUCUUUGGAAGGGAUUAAAUAAUUCAAUAUUCCUUUGUAUAAUUUGAAAUAAAUCCGUCAUUUUGUAAGUAAGUACCUUUUCGACGUGACGAGAACCGCAAAAGAAGAAAAAUAUUAAAAUUCCUAUCGCUCGCUCCUCUGACGUCAUAGUUCAAAGGGUAAACGCUACGGAAACUGCCUCCACAUGAGAAUAGUGGUUAGGUUAAUUUCAGAUGUGCUUUUAAAUUAAUACCGACGUGCAUCGACAUGGGGAAGCGUACGAAGCGCAAUAGUAACAACUGUGGGGAGGUGGCUGACAAAACAGCAAAGCAGCCGAGUGCAAAGAAACGGGAUGGUGAAGCUAAAAGAGACGCCAACCAAGGGGACCACCUUGAGCACAUCCAAGGAGAGGAUGGAAAAUAGCUCUUUGACAGCAAAAAAAAUUACGAGACAAGAAGUCCACGGUCGACGACAUUGCCAUCCCACGUUUCAAGCGAGGGAAGCGGGAAAGUGAGCUUCAGUUCAAUCAACGCAUGGAGAUGGAGUCAAAGCACGUCCUCUUCCUCACAAACAAUCAGGUGGAGAGGAAACCCGAGCUAAAUGAAGACAAACAGGAGAAGCCUGCCAACGGUGGAAGGUCAGACAAAAUGAAAGCGUAAGCAUUUCCGAACAGUGGCACUGCUACCUUGACUUACAAUUUCAGUAGCCACAAAAGUAAAGUAAAAAAAUACAUGGCGCAAUGAAGCUACUAUAAUACCCUCGCAUGCGGGCAAGAUCACCAGUCACUCAUGUAAAACGAAUCUGGUCGCAAACAUCUUUUUGGAGGCUAGAACCCAUAGAAGGCACUUUGAUGUUUGUUGCGCGUCACUUGUUGCCAUAGGUACAACAAACUGAAAUUACUGAAACGACAGCGGAAAAAGUUGGAGCGACAGGAGGUCCGAAUGGAAAAGGAAAUGUUCCAAGGUAAAUUGCAACUUAAGGGCAAUUUAGUAUUUUUUUCUUUUGUUUUGGGCCUGAUUAGUGCUUAUCUCUUCCUGAUAUCUGUCUGUUACCUCAACCCAAUGAUGAUUUCUACAAAGAUAGAAAAGGCCGUGUGAGUUUUUAACUUAACUUUCUGGAGUGGCCACCAGUAAGUCUCUACUAAAAGUAAGAUAAGUGCCAAGAUAAUGUGCCAAGCCAGCAACAGUCAGUUGUCAUGCUAACGAAAGGUAUGCUCUAGGGGUGUAACAAUACAUCGAUACACAUCGAUUAAUCGAUAUAAUGCUCUACGAUAUAUUGGUAUCGAUGCUAAACGUAAACAUCGAUUUAUAUCGCUGUGUUUGACCUCGGACAUUAGACGCGACUUUAUUUUGAAAUCCAGUUCAUUGUUGCUUGCUUCCUCUUUCCGGGAGCAGUGCGCCCGGCGUUGUUGUGUUGGGAGCAGAGCAGGCACGUGAAAGGGGAGGCGAUAGCUAGUAAGCGGCUCCUGGCCUGGUGCUACUAUGGCUAGUGACGAGGACAUUUGCUCCCCCUUAGGCUUAAAAUCGUUCGUUUGGAGGCACUUCGGAUUCCAGAAAAAAGAUGGAUCAACGGACAGCAAGAGGCGUGCUGUUUGCAAAUUCUGCCAUGCGGUGAUAAAAUACUCUGGGAACACCACAAAUCUCGCCGCACAUCUAAAAAAAAAACACGACAUCUCUCCCUCAAGCAGCGGCCGCGAAAACAACACAGACACGACGCCCUCCGUGAGCACAUUUUUCCCCCAAAUGCUAAGUAAAAACUCCAAACGAGCUAAAUCCAUCACUGCUGCAAUUUCAUAUCAUAUUUGUAAAGACUUGAGACCGUUUAGUAGCGUGGAGGGUGAGGGAUUUUCCGAGUUGAUGAAUACGCUAGAGCCCAGAUAUACAAUACCAUCGAGACAGUACUUUAGUGAAAGAUGUGUACCACGUCUAUAUACCCGUGUUAAAGCGGAGGUAUUACACGAACUAAAGGAAGCAGGACGGGUUGCUAUCACUGCAGAUGGAUGGACUUCUCGCUCAACUGAAGCCUACAUUACGGUCACUUGCCACUACAUUGAUACAGCAUGGACGCUGAAAAACUACGUGCUUCAGACUCGCGUUUUAAGUGACUCUCACACAGGACCGAACCUAGCCUCUGUCCUAAACGAAGCAUGUGAAGAAUGGCACAUUGCAGAUAAAAACCCAGCUCUUGUAACUGACAAUGCCAGGAACAUGACCGUAGCAGGAAUAGAGGCGCAUCUGUCACCGCACAUAAAAUGUUUUGGACAUACUAUCAACUUGGCAACUCAAAAAGGACUCAAAUGCAAUGAUGCUGCCUGUCUUUUAGGUAGAGUACGCCGUGUUGUGAGUUUUUUUCACCGCAGCACGCUGGCCAAUGCUGUGUUAAAAGAGAAACAAAAACUACUUGAUCUCCCACCACACAAACUCAUCCAAGAUGUCAUCACACGUUGGAACAGCUCGUUUGAUAUGGUGGAGCGUUUUUUGGAGCAACAGGCUGCUGUGUGUGCUGCACAGCUUGACCAAAAAAUCAGAAAGUCCAUGAAGAAUGAUUUACAAACACUAAAUGAAGAGGACAUGUCCACAGCUGAAGAAAUUAUACAGUUACUGAGGCCUGUGAAAACUGCAACUACAAUAAUGUGUGAGGAGGCACAACUAACUAUCUCAGUCAUUGCUCCACUGAAAAGUAAAUUGAUUGAACAUUUCAGUGUCUGUGAGGAUGACAUGCCACUGAUCAAAGAAAUGAAACAAACAAUGGCCAAAGAGCUCAAGCAUCGUUACACAGAUGUCCAAGAAGUAUUAAACACUGCAGCUGCCCUUGAUGCAAGAUUCAAGACCCUGCCCUUUCUGUGCAAAGAGGAGAGGGAUGCCACAUUCAAGAAUAUCAUAAAUGAGGCUGCACACUUGUGGGACCAAAAAGAAGACACACAGGCUCAUGAUGGCACUGCAAUGGAGGAAACUCACACAACACACCCAUCUGAAGAGGCAUGUGAUGAUGAGCUCCAUGCUUCAGAAUAUGUUCCUGUCUCAAAAAAAAACCAAAGCAAUGGAGGAUCUGUUUGGGGACACAUACACUGCUAGCAGCAACUUCGUGAAAACAUCCAAGCAGCUGGCAGAGAUGGAAGUAAAUAGAUACAAAGAGACUGAAUUAUUAACACUCAAAGGUAAUCUGUUAGAAUGGUGGGGAAGUCAUGAAAUGGAGUUUCCCCUCCUUGCAAAUCUAGCCAAAACCUAUCUCUGUAUUCCUGCAACAACCGUGCCCUCCGAGCGUGUAUUCAGCACUGCAGGUGACAUUGUCCGCUCAGAACGUAGUGUUUUGACACCUGAGCAUGUCGAUCACUUGAUUUUCUUGAAGAAGAACCUAACAAAGAACGCACUAUCAUAAAUUUCAAUGCACUAAGCAAACAUGUGACAAACUACUUUUGAUUUUUUACUACAUGUUUUAUUAUUGGCCAUAUUGAACAGUUCAAAGAGUAAACACCGUGUAAUGUUAAAAUUCUUUAUAAAGAGUUAUAAAUAAAAUUAAGUUAUUUUUGUUUCAUAGAAGAGUUAAAUGACAACAUACAUAUUUUAUGUAUAGUUCUCUGGUAUUGCAAAUGUUUUUUUUUGGCAUUUGGGUGCUCAAGGUGUAAUGUUUACUACUUUCAUUAUAAAGAACUUGUUUUUGUUUUGUUCAGUAAUGCACUUUAUCAUAAAUUUCAAUGCACUAAGCAAACAUGUGACAAACUACUUUUGAUUUUUUACUACAUGUUGUAUUAUUGGCCAUAUUGAACAGUUCAAAGACACCGUGUAAUGUUAAAAUUCUAUAUGAAGAGUUAUAAAUAAAAUUAAGUUAUUUUUGUUUCAUAGAAGAGUUAAAUGACAACAUAUUUUAUUUAUGUAUAGUUCUCUGGUAUUGCAACUGUUUUUUUUUGCAUUUGGGUGCUCAAGGUGUAAUGUUUACUACUUUCAUUAUAAAGAACUUGUUUUUGUUUUGUUCAGUAAUGCACUUUAUCAUAACUUUAUCAUAUCACUUUAUCUACUUUGUAUACUACUAAAUGUAAUUUCCUAAAUAAAGAGUUUGCAGUACCUUGUUGAUUUUGCGUAUGAAUUGUUAUAAAUCAGGAUAUUGUGCUUUUUUUUUUAUUUAGAAAAAAAAAAAAUCGAUCGUGGAGCACUAUAUCGCGAUAUAUCGUGAAUGAAUCGCAGCAGGCUUUAAGAUAUCGGCAAUAAUCGUAUCGUGAUUCUUAGUAUCGAUAUAAUAUCGUAUCGUGACAAAACCCGCGAUUUACACCCCUAGUAUGCUCUGCAUUUCCAUGAGAAAGAUGUACCGCUAGCCUCAAUUUUGAGUGAUUUCAAGCAUGUUAUUUAUUUAUUUUUUCUUCAAUCCCGUUGUUUGUUUUGACAGAAAAUAUCAAGAGACUUUUUAUGAAAACAUCUUUUUAAGUAUGGGGACAAAAAUGUAUUUCUUUCAUACAUGAGUGAGACAAAAGUGAGCCAGUAAAAGUUUGCUUUGUUGCCUCCUCCUCAGAUGACAUUGCGUUUGGCGAGGUUUCAACAGAGCCGCACGGGAAAUGUGACUUCAUCCCUCUGGAGCCACGGUAGAUUUUUUUUUUUGCAUUUUGUGGCAUCUCUUCGUCAAACAUGGAGAUGUCCUGUAGUGGCAAAAUUUCUUUCAUGGUUGCUUUCCGACCAAGGUUUGACAGUUUGUUUCUGCGUUUCAAGAUAAUUCGCUCAAAUUUACAUGUCGAUACAACACAUAAGGAGGUUCAAAUGAUAAAGCAAAAUGCACUUGAUCAUACAACUUAGUCUAAAGCGUUACUAAACAUUCCUCUGACCUAUUCAACCACCAAAAAAAAUCUUAAUCACUUUCUGAUAAAUUGGUUCUAACACGUCCGUCUUUCCGGCUAAACUGAGCGUGUGUGGUCUUUUCAGUUUGGCCAGUACAAAGGCGAUGGCAAGGGCGGCCUGAUGGGAAGUCUGGCAAACAUCUUCUCCUUGUUGAUGGAACGAAUUCGGAAGCGUGGCCUUCUGGGGCUCUACAAAGGCCUGGAGGCCAAGCUGCUUCAGACGGUGCUGACUGCUGCCCUCAUGUUUGUGGUGUACGAGAAGAUCACUGCCGCCACCUUCAAAAUGAUGGGCCUGCACAGGAAGCUCACGCACUGAGCUCCCAAUCCCGAUUGGAGAGGUGAAGGAGAUCAGUCAGAUCAAAUGUUCCAUUUGGUGGACUUCGUAACGUGCACUUUGGUUAAACCGACUAAUGAGAUGAAAUGACUCACGGCAAAUGAUGAAAAGGGCUUUUUGGGGUUGUUGACUUUUGAAUGGAAAGUCCUCAUGACUGUCAGUCAGUGACAUGACACGGGCUCCUAUCACUUGUUUACAUGACGGAAAAAAAAACACUUGGAUUUAUAUUUCCAGUCAUUAUUUUUACAAGUCAAGAAAUUAUCUUUUAAAAAAGUGGUUUGUACUGUUUUAGUGGUAAAAGUGGGUUAGUAAAAACAUUACAAUUUGA